AUGGUGGUAAAGGUUUAUGGUCCAGUAACGGCAGCAUGCCCUCAAAGGGUGUUAGCUUGUCUCUUAGAGAAAGAAGUAGAGUUUGAAAUUGUUCAUGUUGAUCUUAGCCAAGGAGAGCAAAAGCAACCUGGCUUCCUUCUCAGACAGCCCUUUGGUCAAGUUCCGGUUGUGGAGGAUGGUGAUUUCAGGCUCUUUGAAUCCAGGGCUAUUAUAAGGUACUAUGCAGCAAAAUAUGCAAACCGUGGUCCUAACCUAUUGGGUAAGAGCUUAGAGGAGAGAGCUAUGGUGGAUCAGUGGCUUGAAGUAGAAGCACACAAUUUCAAUGAUUUGUGUUUCAAUAUAAUGUUUCAGCUUGUGAUCCUACCAAGGAUGGGUCAAGCAGGGGAUUUGGCCUUGGCUCAAAGCUGUGAGAAGAAGCUAGAGAAAGUGCUUGAUGUUUAUGAACAGAGGCUCUCUCAAAGCAUAUAUCUUGCUGGAGAUAAUUUCACUUUGGCUGAUCUAAGCCACCUUCCAGGAAUUGGACUUUUGAUUGAAGAAGCCAAAAUGGGGCAUUUGGUGAUUCAGAGAAAGAAUGUGAAUGCUUGGUGGGAGAAAAUUUCAGGUAGGCCAGCUUGGAAGAAAUUGAAGAACUUGGUUCAGUGA